AACCGUUCUGUUUUCAUACCAACCGUUUCAUUCUAGCAAGCAUCAAAGUGAUCAAAGUGUAGUCUACUCAAUUUCGUCGAGAAGUGCUGAAAAAUCUUAUAAAUUAAAUGUGUCCAAGUUAAAGGGAAAUGUUCCCAAGUUAAUGGAGAUGUGCCUAGGUGAAUAGUGACAGAAUAAGAAAGGAUAGUGAAAAUAAAAAACAAACCGAAAAAGAAACAAAAUAAUGAAUGAACAAAGUAUUAUUGGUGCUAGAGCAUCAGUUAUGGUCUACGAUGACACUCAAAAGAAGUGGAUACCAUCCGGAACAUCGUCCGGCCUCAGCAAAGUGCAAAUCUAUCACCAUCAACAGAAUAAUACAUUUCGCGUAGUCGGCCGUAAAUUGCAGGACCAUGAAGUCGUUAUCAAUUGUUCCAUUGUCAAAGGACUGAAAUAUAACCAAGCGACAGCAACGUUCCAUCAAUGGCGUGAUUCGAAGUUUGUUUACGGCUUGAAUUUCUCAAGUCAACAAGAUGCGGAAGGUUUUGCCAGAGCUAUGACACAUGCUUUAGAUGUUUUAAGUGGACGAUUGAUAACCGCUGGAAACCCUCAGAUUCCAAAUGGUACGACUUACGAUGAAGAUAUGGGCUAUCGAACAAUGACAAGAGAAGACGCAGCUAUGAUUCAACAACAACAAAUUACGUCUACAGCUCCGCCAGCUCCACAUACACCAACUUCACAAACAAAUCAAAAUAUACCACAAAGUCCACCGACACCACAAGGUCAUCAUCGUACCAGCAGUGCACCGCCUGCACCUCAACCGCCACCAAUGUCUAUGCCGCCACAAGGUUUUGGUUCCCAAACUGGAAUGCUUCCGAUUCAGCCGCAGUACGGUCAAAUGCAUCAACAACAAACACCGCCACAACAAAAUGUUUAUGCCACACAGAGUUCAUACGGAUCAAAUCAGAACAUGUCACAAUACAAUCAGCCCAUAUACGUGUCAUCUAGCUCAAAUCAAAAUCAAAUUCAGCCGCCAUCGAUGCACCUUCAGUCGCAUAAUUCAAACAGUCCCAUUUAUGUAUCAACGAAUCAACAAGCACCAGGUCUACCGAACUCCGUCAGUAAUAAUAGCGUGUAUAACAGUCAACAGCAGCAACAACAACAACCGGCAGUAUAUCCACCAUCGAAUGGCUUACCGAACAACAACAGUAACUAUCCUACUGCAGCUCAGACGUCUGCACCAAUUCCACAAGCUCCACCGUUUCCAAUGAGUAAUGGUGGACCGCCAAUGCCACCAGCAAUGCCAAUUGUUGCAGCAGCAGCUCCUUCAGGUGCUCCACCUCCACCGCCUCCGCCAAUGAGUGGUCUACUUAAUCAAUCGAUUGGAAUGGAUAUGAGUUCAUUAGCGUCACAAUUACAACAAGCUAAGUUAAAACGGAACGCUAAGAAUUCACCUCCUCCAAUGCCUGCUGAAAACAGUGGAAGCAGUACAUCGAGCGGAGGUAGCGGAAAUUAUGGAACAAUCGGCAGAAGUGGAAAUGGAAUGGCAUCUAUGAUGGAUGAAAUGGCAAAAACUUUAGCUAGACGUCGAGAGAAAGCGGAAAAGAAACCGGAGGAACAAAACGACGAUAACGGACGACAACGACCGUGGGAGAAGUCAAACACUCUACCACACAAACUAGGCACCAAUUCGGGAUCGAAUUCGCAAUCGAACAAUAUGAACAACAGUGGUUCGGAAUCACCGAGACCAUCCCGUAAACGAUUUGGCAGUGCCAGUGAAGAAACGAUACUGAAACAAGUUAAUGGUGACGGCGGUUUGUCAUUGGCUAAUCCACAAGAAUUGGACAACUUUAGGGCUGAAAUAAUACGUGAAAUGCGUAUCGAAAUAAACAAAGCAAAACAGGAGAUUUUAGAUGCUAUUAAAAUCGAAUUCAAUCGAAGGUAAGACAACUCCGCGUACGAUGGUGUAUUUGUUACCGCACUAAUUUUACAGUUUGACGUGAUGCGAACGAUCUAUUAUCUAAUAUAUUCAUUGUAAGAAUAUUUAAAUUAAACGAAAUCUACAUCUACAUUUCUAAGGGUAAAUAAAUUUAGUUGUAAUAUGUUUUUCAUUGUAAAACCAAACAAGAUGUGUAGACAGGAAAAGUUUUACACACAACAAUUACACACAGACACAACACAGAAACACAAACACCGUAUGAAUUAAUCAAUUGCAUUUACUCUAUAUCUCUCGAUUGUUUGUUGACAGGUGACAUUAUAAAAACAAAAAACAAAACAAAGAAGGGAAAACGAAUAAGAAAAGGCACAAAACAUUUUAUGGUACAGCAUUAACAUAUAUUAGGUUUGGCUGUGAUAUUUUUUGAAUGAGACGAGUUAUGGUGUAUUUGACUGUUUAUAACCAAUGUUGGGCAAAACCUUGUUAAUUUUGUGUUUGUGCCGUAAAGCGUUAAGAGCAUAUCUUUCUGGAAAAAAUGACUUCUCUUCGUUUCAUCAAAUCUAUAGAAAUUUGAUAGACUUUUAUAUGAACCAGUCUUGCCGUGGUUGGUGAACGGCGUGUGCAUUUCUACUUUUGUAUUUCACAAUAUUGUGCAAUGUGUUAACAUUCCUCUCUUACUUUCCAAUUUUCUAUUCUUCUUCCAAUUCAAUCGUUUUUCUAUUAACAUUUUUACUGCGUAUGUGUUAGCAUUUACCGGGGAUCUUUUUGAUCCGUUGAUCUAACCUGAUGCGGAACGUUCCAAAAUUUGUGUUUGCAUGUUGCGAACCGUUGAUCAUGGAACUAAUGUGUGUAUGCCUUGCUAUUUGAAUCAUUUCAUUCAUAGUAAGGAGACUGUAGCAUACCAGUCUACAAUUCUCCUACUAUCCCGGUUCAAGUACUUUGAGAUGUAUGGACAGCGGAAAUAGGUUUUUAUUCUUAUUAACACUGAUCACGUAGUGUGCCAAUUAAUAGGGUAGUGUGCACCUACCAGCUUUUUCUAUUUAUAUUAGAAUUAGACUUACAAAACGUUGUUACUCGAUAAGCAUUUUCUACUGGCCCCUUUACACUCCAAAAAGAAUUGGAUGGUAGCCGCCUAUCCUAUUGAUUGAUGAUACGACAUGCGGUGGCCUCAUACCAUAUUAAGGUUGUAUUGUGUGGUCAAAUGGUGAUGAGUUUAACGAGAGUUAGUAUCAUAUCGCCGAGUAGCCUGAUUUCUAGAUAUGUAUCGGUGUUGAUGUGAUUUUGACUAAUAGAUAACGGUUUCGAGAAAAAAAUUUCGCCCCCACUCUAUGUGAUUUUGUGCUAGAUCUUUAGGUGAUGCGACGUUUGAAUAGGAAACGAGAAUAUUCGGGAACAAGUUCACUAAUUUAAUUUACUUCGCAAAAUUUUCUUUGAUCUCUAAAGCCAUUGCUGGGAACCAAAUGUACACAGUGUGUACUAACACGUCUAAAUAUUAAAAAUAAUUUUCCAUUUUUUUUCUAUAUAUUUCACUUAACUAAUUGAAAUGACCCGUGAAGCCUUUUUGUAUUAUUAUUUUAGAACUACAAAUUUGUAUUAAGAUUGCUUCUAACUUUUAUUCAACGUUUUGUGCUAACUAUACUCAUAACAAUUGAUUGCUUGGAUUGUUUUAGUUCUCUAAGUUUUUUGUACGAAAGCAUAUUAACAGAAUCGAAGGUAAAAAUUCAAGAAACCCUGCAAGGAACCCCAUCAAUUUUCUUUGACUUUUUAUAGCGCCUAAAAUUACUCCUUUACCGUUUCCAUUUCGUAGUGCCAUAAAAGCAAUUCGUUGCAAAUAAUCACUGAAUCGAAAUGAUGGAUCUUACAAUAGCUCAGUGUAAUAUGCACCUGUGUAGAAACUGUUUGAAGACUGAAAAUAUUUUGUAUUGACGAAACGUAUACAUUUUUUGACCCCAGUUUUGAUGUCUGUAAACGUCAUUUUUUUAAAAAUAUAAACUUACCUCCAACAUUGAACAGUAUAAUUCCGUUUCUUCAGUUUUUACCUUACGUUCUAAAUGGCCACAAUUCGAAGAUCAUUUUUUUAAACCGAGGUUAUUCCAUUUAAACACAAUAAGAAAAAAAUAGUUCGGCAUUUUCACGACUUAUAAAAAAUCCGAAGUGCUAUAGAGAAUCUACUAAAUUUAAGAUCGAUGAUAUAACAAUAAAAAAUAUAUCAAUUUCGAAAUGGGAGAAUAAGAAUAGCUAAUCGAAAUAUUAAGAGAAAUAUUAAAUCAACUGAAAAUAAUGAAACGUAUUCGUUGCAACAUGAAAAUAAAACUGCGAAAAGUUUCAACGUUGAAAGCUGCGCCAUAUACUUAAAAUAUGAUGCAUUCAAAUAAAACUGAUACAUUUUUUAUAACAGAAAAACCGUAAAAAUAGUCAACUCGAAAAUGAAAAAAAAAGAAAAUGGACAAAAAAUGAAAUUAAAUUAAAAAUUUAGUAAGUGUACAGUGUGACGUUGUUAGAAAUGUAAGACGAUUUUUACUCUUGUAUCGUUUAUAUAAAUUGAUAAAUAAGUUUAAAGAAACUACAAAAAAUAAUAAAAAAAAACGAAAAAAAAAAUAAUUUAAAAGAAACGGCGCUGAUAUAUUCGAUGAACAAAAGUACGACUCGUGGAAAUGCCAAUAAAAUAUCCAAAUAAAAAAGUGAGAACUACAGGAAGUGGGAUUCUAAAACCAGUCAAGUUUAACGCACAUUCCUUUAUUUCAUACAUUGUCUGAGUAGUGUCAGUUUUUUGCAGGGACUAUUUUUGGGAAACCGUUUUCCUAUAUGUUCCCAUUAAAUUUAUUCAAUCACGUAAAUGAUAAGAAAAUUAGAAUUAAAUGUUUCAUCCAACGCUUUUCCAUCAGGGAACGUUCCCAUACCAAAUGCUACAUUGUGACGUUGGACUGCGAUACUUAUUCUUUGUAGUAAGAAUUCUUUCGAUCGACUCUCACAAAUCUUCAAUUCGCUUUGCGAUUUCAUUGAUAAACUUAAAACCAUCCUUGCAAAUUGGUCCCAGAGUUUCGACAGCGAAUGGGACAAAAAAAUGUGAUUUUGUCUCUCAAUAAUUUCUUUAUAAAGCCAACGUUUACGAAUUGCUGCUUUUUCUGCAACUCUAUCAAAAUUGUGACAAGAGAUGUCGAUGUAGGAUGGGGCCAAGGUGUCAGAACAAGUUGCAUCCCAUUACAAGAUUUGACCAUUCAGACUCUGGAUGCUUUUUGUUCUUGUUGUUCCUUAAUUUUCUCAAAUGUUCCUACAUUUUUGCAAAUUUUCCCAAAACUAUUUUUUGGGAAAAUUAAGGAAAUUCUGGAAAAGUUAAGAAAAUUUAGAAAAAGAUUUUCCCAAAACACAUUUUUAUAGUCACAAUCCCAUUUGGAUUCAUUCCCAGCCGCUACAAAUAAAAAAUUAUGGGAUCGGUUUGUUGCGAGACUUCGAAGAAGAAAACGGACAGGUCGACUAAACAUUUUUGCCUUCCUUUUUUUCCUCGAGAUCAGAAAAUUAUUAAGAAACUCAGCGAAACUUAAUGCGCCAACUAGCUUUGAAGAGAAUAAGCCUAGCAGUACUACGUAUGAAUGUAAAGAAACCGAAAAUGUCGUUUCCUCAUACUUAAACCUGAAACCAGAAAGUGAACAUACCCAUAAUUUUUGCCAAUAAUUUUUGGCAGAUGUUGAAUGAUGAAAUGUCGGUUGAAAGUCUGAAACUCUUGAAUUUGACUGGCCUCAAGAAUACACUGACUGUAUCUAG